CCCUUUGCGGAAGGUGCCGCUCUUGGCUUCGGCGGCGCCGCUGUCGCUUGGAGGCGGUACUUCCUCCGGGAUUUGCCGCAGGUUAGUGGCAAGUUCCUCUACAGUUGUUUAGGCUGUGACUGUGGCCCAAUUUGCGGUGUGUGGCCAGCGAUGGAGCGCUCUGGGCCCAGCGAAGCGACAGGCUCAGAUGCGUCGGGACCGGACCCGCAGCUUGCGGUCACCAUGGGCUUUACGGGGUUCGGUAAAAAAGCUCGCACAUUUGACUUGGAAGCAAUGUUUGAACAAACUCGAAGAACAGCUGUGGAAAGAAGUCGCAAAACACUGGAAGCAAGAGAAAAAGAGGAAGAAAUGAGCAGAGAGAAAGAAUUAAGACAAAAUGAAGAUAUUGAACCAACAUCCUCAAGAUCAAAUGUGGUCAGAGAUUGCUCCAAAUCAUCUUCCAGGGAUACAAGCAGCAGUGAAAGUGAAGAGAGUUCUGACUCUUCUGAUGAUGAGUUAAUUGGCCCUCCUUUACCCCCUAAAAUGGUAGGAAAACCAGUUAAUUUUAUGGACGAAGAUAUCCUCGGUACUUUACCUCCACCUCUUAAUGAAGAAGAAGAAGAAGCAGAGGAAGAAGAGGAGGAGGAGGAAGAGGAAAAUCCUGUUCACAAGAUUCCUGACUCGCAUGAGAUAACGCUGAAGCAUGGCACUAAAACAGUGUCUGCUUUGGGUCUGGAUCCCUCAGGUGCCCGUUUGGUGACAGGAGGAUAUGACUAUGAUGUUAAGUUUUGGGAUUUUGCUGGAAUGGAUGCUUCUUUUAAGGCAUUUCGAUCCCUUCAGCCCUGUGAGUGCCACCAGAUCAAGUCAUUACAGUAUAGUAAUACAGGAGACAUGAUUCUUGUUGUAUCUGGAAGCUCUCAGGCCAAGGUGAUUGACAGAGAUGGUUUUGAAGUAAUGGAAUGUAUAAAAGGAGACCAGUAUAUUGUGGACAUGGCCAACACCAAGGGUCAUACAGCAAUGCUUCAUACUGGCUCAUGGCAUCCCAAAAUAAAGGGAGAAUUUAUGACUUGCUCAAAUGAUGCGUGAGUAUUGUUGAUAAUUCAUCUAAUACAU